GCGAUACGGUACCAGGGGGCCUUGUGGAAUGUAGCAACACGAGACGCUUGGCACUCGCAUAAACCAACGUGUUAUGGAUUUCGGUGCCUCUUUCUUUUCCAAUUAAAUAAACCCCUUUUCUUCAUAUAUAUCCUUCUCCUUCUCUUCCUCUACCUAUUCUUUCAAAUAAACUACUAUUAAUCUCUUAUUCUAUGCCUCAUUUCUCUGUUCACUUCACACAUGGGUUGGUGGCAUAAGAUCACAAAAACUUGGAUUGCACUCUCUGCUCGUAUCAAGCUUCGCAAAUCAAGGAUUUCCGGUGGCCGAGUUGGUGGAACCGGUGAAUACACCGGUGAUUGUGGGGGAAUCAGUGGUGGGUUGUUGAAGCUUCGUGAUGAUGUGCAAAUGUGUGGGUACAGAGAUGUUGAGGUGAUGUGGAACAUGUUGAACGUGAGUCUUCAGCAUGACCAAAUGGAAGCGGCGAGAAGCUCCAACAACGCAGAAUUUCGCAAGCGUGGGUGCAAGCAGAGAUCUAUUUCCAGGGUUUUGUUCUGGACUAGCCAUUCAGUAAAUUGAAUGAAUGAUCAAGUUUUGGAAAAGAAUUCAUGUGAAUGUAUUGUACAUGCCAAACCCAAUGAAUGAAACCUUAUUUCAUAAUUAUGUAAAUAAUAGAAGAAGUUUCUGUUCUGGUAUG